CUUCCUGCAGCGCGCGGCAGAUUCCGCUCCUUUCCUGGUGCGGCUUUCCGGCCGAAGCGAACGUUUCUCUUUGAGGUAGCUGAGCUGUUUAAGGAGAAGCGAGUCCGGGGAACCGCAGCCAUGACUGAGGCUGAUGUCAAUCCGAAAGCCUAUCCCCUCGCAGAUGCCCACCUCACCAAGAAACUACUGGACCUUGUUCAGCAGUCGUGUAACUACAAACAGCUUCGUAAAGGAGCCAAUGAGGCCACCAAAACCCUCAACAGAGGCAUCUCUGAGUUCAUCGUGAUGGCUGCCGACGCUGAGCCCUUGGAAAUCAUCCUACACCUUCCACUACUGUGUGAAGAUAAAAAUGUGCCCUAUGUGUUUGUGCGCUCCAAGCAGGCCUUGGGGCGGGCCUGUGGCGUCUCCAGGCCUGUCAUUGCCUGCUCUGUCACCAUCAAGGAAGGCUCACAGCUGAAGCAGCAGAUCCAGUCCAUUCAGCAGUCCAUUGAGAGGCUUUUAGUGUAAACCAGUGGCCUCUGCCACGCUCUCCCAGCUGACUGCUUCCCGGGGGUAGUAAAUCAUAUAUUGUCUAUGUUGGCAUGUAGUGUUUUCAGCUACUUCUUAUUGUCAUAAAAUUUAUUGUAGUCCCAAAUGGUUUCUAGAUUGUUGGAUUGUUUGUGUUUUGUUUUACAGACUUUUUUCUCCCCCAUCCCCAAUCCUCUUAUCCUCCCUUUUGAAAAUGAACUAAUACCCACUAGAAGGAGAGUGGUGGCCACUUUCACUGGCAGGGAUGAGCCAGGAUAGAGAUCUGGUUCCAGCUGUCGUCCUCUGGCUUCCUGGAUACCUGCUGUUUGCAGGCAUACAAGAGAGCAUGAUGGAAGGAAACACUGUCCACUUUAUGUCUCUGUGCCUGGCAUACAGAAUCAUUCCAAAAAUGUUUAUUUUAAAAAAUCAAGGAGUUUCCUUUGCUCUCUAGGGGAUUCUGAGUCAUUUAGAGAGGAAGCAUGUGUUCUGUGAGGUGGUUAGGUUUAUGUCCAAGCAUCAGUUACUAAUGUAACCCCACUAUUUUUGGUAAUGUGACGUUGUGUUCUUUCACCAACCCCCACUGGUGCCCUGAGAGUGGCAGGGCAGCAGCAUGCUAAAGAGAUGUGCUGUAGGAUUCCAGAAGCAGCCUGGCAAGUGGGGCAGUUGACCUAGGCCUUAAUGGGGUCAAGAGGAGCAAAAGAAAAGAGGGUCAGCUGGUGUUGGAAUGAAGGAUUCUGGUAAGGUCAUGGAGACCUGGCUGCAACAUGCAGCAGGUAUUAUUGAGUCCAAGGCAGCAUCCUCUCUUCGUGAAAUGAGGAUUUCUUCAGUGGACACUUUGCCCCAGCUCUGAGAGCCCUCGCCUCUGCUUCUUGCCACAGUAUGGGUCACGUGUAUACUUCAUCAGAUCAGAAGGAUAGUGCUAACGUGUCAUUCAUUCUUGUGAGCUUCAUAAUAAAGACAUAUAUUCAUAUUCUGAUUUAAA